AUGUUCAAUAGACACUGGGACUUCAAUUGGAAUAAUGUUUAUUCUUCUCUCUACAAUGCUCAAGACUGUCUUAAAAUACGGUGUGCUGCAAGAACCACUUUUCUGGUGUCUCUCACGUUUGUUUGUAUCCUCUUGCCGUUAUUUCACAGUUUGGCAUUGACAAAAAAAUUCUAUAAGUUGAAUCACAAUUUUAACCAUCAUUUUGUGUAUCAGCAUCUGAAUUGGUUGCAUGAUUUGACGCUUUAUCACAAUAAAUCAGUUCACAUCACGCUGUUCUGGUCAUGUUUUGUCGGGUUUGCGACUUUCUAUAAUACAAACGGUGAGCUGAACCACAUUGCAAAAAGAUCAGGUAGAAUUUCAAUUGCAUUGUUGCCUGCGAUAUUAAUACUCACGUUAAGACCCUCUCCAUUGCCGAAUCUACUAUAUUUAUCUCUGUUGCCGUACCAUAAAUGGAUCUCGAGAAUUUUAAUCGUCGAGUCAUUCUUGCAUUGUGGUUUGUAUGUGUGGUGGUUUGCUUCCUGCAAUACGAUGUCAAAAUUGUGGAAAUUCACUAAUAUUUGUGGUAUUCUCGCCUUCAUUGCAUUCUUCGUGAUUGGAAUCACUUCAGUUAAUAAAUUCAGACGAAUGAAUUUCAAAUUGUUUUAUUGCAUCCAUUAUGUCUGCACUUGGACGUCGAUCGUACUGCUAUACCUGCAUUCAAAACCAAGCAUAUUGUACUACUUUUGCUUUUGCGUCGUUAUACUGCUCUACCAAGUUUAUUACCGUCUAUCACACACAAAGAAAACAAAAAUAACAAUCACAUGCAUCUCGCCAACCAUUUCAUUGUUGGAGUUCCCAAAAGAAUAUCUAUCAAAUAAACCAAUUCUACCAGCUACUCACGUAAGGCUGAACCUGGUUAGAAGAAACCCUUUUGCAAAUUUAGUCAAUAAUUUCAUUAUCCCUUUUCAACAUCCAUUCACCAUUGCAUCCCUACCAAACGAUGAUGCAGUUCAACUGAUUGUACGGAACGGUAGGACUUUACCAUUAGAGACAAAUAGUUCCUACUACAUAACAGGAUGUUUCGAACCAAUGAUUGAUUUCAUAUCAAAAAGAAGGGAAAAUAAUUUGUGGGCUACCAUCAUAAACUAUUUCGAUAAUAACUCGAAUACCGGAAAUAACGACACUUAUUUAACGUAUAGUAGUAAUAUUCAAGAUGCAAACACGUUAAACAUUAUGUCACAAGCGUUGCCAUCCUUGCCUUUCCAAGUGAACUCCUUACCGUUGCUAAGCUCACCUUUGCGGUAUAAGAUAAACGCUACAAGAGUGUUCAUGGUAGUUGGGGGCACUGCUAUUUCAUUUGCAUUGCCUGUAUUAAGAAUCUUGAAUUUCAAUGGUGUUCACACAAGGUUGAUUUGGGUUACAAGAGAUUAUCAAGAUUUACAAGUAUUAAACCAUUUCAAAAAUAAUUUCGAAGGUUUGGAGGUUUACGUGAGUGGGAAAAACUCCAUUGACUAUGUAGAAGAGUACAAUAGAUUGCAAGAAAAUAAGAAAGCUCCAAAUACAGAAACUAUGGCUAAUGGUAAUUUAGUGGAAACGGAAAGUGAGAAUGAUCCACUGUUAUCGGGAAAUGUUAAAACAACGUUUGGUGCAAUAGCUGAUAAAGAUGAUGAAAUUGAUUUUACAGAAACAUUCUCACGUAAAAAAUCAAUUAAAGAUUUAAAGAAACUGGCUAAAAGGAAAAAGGCAAAUGAAAAUGUCUUCAGAGAACAGACAGUCAUCGAGCCACCAAAUAGUACAUAUGCUACUGAUGAAGAUUUUGAUUCAAGUAACCAUUCGUAUUCAAAUGUGUCCCCUAAUAAGGAUACUGAAGCAAAUACAGUUGCUUCUUCGAACGUCACAAGAUCUAUCUUGAGAAAAAUUAGAAUCCCAGCUGGUAUUAAGGUUUCCUUUGGGAGACCAGUGUUGAAUAAUUCUCAUUACAAUUGGUGUUUAGAGAAGGAGUGCAUUGGUCCAUCAGAGCACAAUCUUUGCUGUCAUCCAAAUAGUGAAAACAGUUCACACGUUGAUGAUUUGGCAAAUGUUUGGGUCGUAGCGGCUGGUCCAAAUAGUUUAAUUGAAAAUACAAAUAGAUGGGCAACUGACGGUGGUUUACAUUUCUAUGCCGAAGCCUUUGCUGUUUAA